AUGAAAAGUAGGCUUGAGGAACUCCUCUUCAAACUUAAGAGCGAUCCCUCAGUAAUGCACGAAAUAGAGUGCGAAGUUGAAAAAUACAUUAACCACCCAGACCUGUCGCCUGUUAAAGCACUACUUGCGUCUAACACAAUGGAAGCUGUUUUCUAUGCAUUGAAGGUUGUUGAACAGCGAAUCAAGGCCAAAAAGAUGGCGGGUGUAUCUUUGAGAGAUGAGGCGGAGUUUAUGAAAGACACAGUCAAGGAUGUAAAAACAAGGAAAUCGGCACAAGUGUUUGCCCUACUUGGUCUUUACGAAUGGCCCAACGAGUUUCCUGAGUUUUUUUCGAUCAUAAUUGACUUUCUUUCGUAUGGAGAUAAGAUGGGAUACAUGGUACUGGAUAAUUUUAUGUACCUGUGCAACUACAGCCAGGAAAUCAACGAGGAGAGGAAGAGCGAACUGAAGAAAGGGUGUGCAGUUAUGGCAAAUGCAUACAUGCCGUUGUUUGAUGACUCUCAUGCGGAACAUAUUAUUCCUAUUCUCACAGAAUCACUGAAGAUGAUGCCAAAGACAUUUGAUUGUGGAAUUGUGCUUAGGAGAGGAGCAGAGUUUCCAAACAAGACGAUUGAGUUUUUAUGUGAUGGAAUGAGCAUGUUUGAUUUAGGGGACGUGGUUGAGCUUAUAUCGAAGAUGGAGGUGUGUCAAGGAGUGAUAAUGUGUUUGAAUGGAUUGAAGGACAAGGCGCCGAAGAUCCGUAAUCUAUGCAAGAUGUAUGACUAUGUGUUCAAAGGGCUUAGGAAGGAUGUGUAUACAUUUGGCGCAUCAAUAGAGUUCUGGACGAAACUUUUUGGACAAGGCAGCUCACCUGAACUUGUUGCAGAAGUACUGACGGAGGUUGUUUCGAUAUAUCUGAGCAUUGACGAAUAUCAGAGACAAGAAGUGGAGGGUGAGGUGUAUGGGGUUUUCAACGUUGUGUGCAAGAACUAUCCGAAGUGUGCCGUUGAGUUUUUGAGCAUGAAUGGAGACUAUAUAGGAAGGAAGCUUGCACUUCACUUUGUAAGGAAGGUUUUUGGAGCACCAGGUGCAGAACUGAUGACCGACGGACAUGAAUUGAAAUUUAAGGAUCCUGUUGUGUGCUGUGGACUUGCUUUGUGUAAUAAGGACUUUUCAGCAGUGGAGUAUAUUCAAUACUUUGACUUGAAUGAGAAAGAGCCGUGCAAGCUGAUAAUCAGUAUUCUUGAGAUGUUUGAGCUGUCUGAUGAGCAGUUAAAACAUAUACUAGGCCAAUGUGAUGUCAAGGACAAGACGUAUGCAAAUGAUGUGAUCGCCGAGUGUCUUAUGAAGCUUGGACAGGAAGAGCAGUUUAGUGGAGAAUGGACACAUGAUGAACUCAUGAGACUUUUUUUCUAUCUUAAAAAGCGACCUGGGAAUUUCCAACAGUACGCAAAUGCAUACUUUGAAGUGUUUCUGAAAAGGGAGCCGUUUGAUAGGUGCUUUGCAAUUCUUAAGAUGUUUGGAAGCAUUCCUAGCGAGGUAUUACAAAGGAUGUAUUUUGGCAUAGACACAUACAUGCUUAAGGACCUGGGAUGCUUCAACAGGGAUCUUCUUGGAUACAUUGAUGAGCAGAGGCUGUUUAUCAGAAAAGAAGUGGCAAGGCUUGUCAAUGAAUGGAAAGAGAUUGAGGAUCCUGAGGAUCUUGUUUCUUGUACAAAGUCGUUAGUGCAAGCGAUUAGGUAUUCGAUGGCUCGUUUUAAGAGCAAACAUAUGAUGUAUCCGUGUAUAGAUGAGCUUGUUGAGAUUUUGCAGAUUGAUGAUCCUGGCGUGGUAAGAAAGGUAUCUGAGACAUUCAGUAUAUGCCCUAAUAAUUUUGAUACGUUUAGAGCUGUGUAUUUGUUUGUACUAUCGUAUAAUUCUGGGGCAUUAGAAAGCACGCACCCAUCGAUUGUGGCUUCUUUAGCAAUAUGCAUUGUACAGGAGGAUGGAGCAAAGGCAUUUGCAGAAGUGCUUGGAAUAGAUCUACAGAAAUGCAUCAAUUUGCGAAAGGAUGUAAUGAAGUCUCCUACAAGACGAUCACAAGCACUUAUUAGAGUGUUUUUGCAAGAUUACAAAGGAAAACCACUUAACUCUCUGUAUGCAAACACCUUCAAAGUCGAGGGACAACACUUUUUCAAGAAGACAGCAAAGAACGAAGCCAACGCUACUGAGUUUGAAAUCAGUAGGUCUUUUUUUGAAAGUGAAAUCCAAUAA